CCAUAUUGCCAUCAUCAAAAGCUAUACAAUUAAUUAAUCAUCACUCGCGUUUUAACCAUGGCCCCCUCCAAGCUCUCCAUAGCGUCGUUCUUCCUCGCCACGGCUCUUCUCCUGCUGGCUUUCGCCAGCGGCCAGACCACCAAUGCCCCACCCCCACCACCGCCUCCGAACACGCAGUGCCCCGGAGGAGUCAUAUCAGAUCUCGCGAACUACACGAGGUGCAUCACUGCGAUAUUGUUCGGACGCCCCAAUCCCGAGCAGUUCUGCUGCCCGGCGAUCUCGGAGCUCCCCAACAACGUCGCCGCCAGAUGCGUGUGCGCCGCUCUCAGGGCCACCGGACUAUCAAUCGGUAUAACCGCGAGCAAUAAUGUCACAGGUAGCAUCCUCAAGAUCUGCAACAAAGCUCCCCUGGACCUCUUGACUGUCAACUGCAGCAGAGCCUAGCUGAUCGCGAUCUGGCUCUAGCUAAUAAAGCAUGCAUGCACUACGCGCGUACUCUACCCUUAAAUCGUAAUUAUAUAUUGUGCUGCUUGCGUAAUUACUUAUAUAUGUUACUCGUAUGUACUUAAUUUGGGUCCUGUGCAGCUAUGCUUCUAGUCGACUAUACCAGUGUACUGCAUGCAUGCUUCUGUGUGCUAGCUUGGUGAUUGAUCGACUAGCUAGUUGUCCGUCUUACAAUAUAUCGUUGAAUAAAAGUUGAUGUUAAAUCUCGUGACUUUGA